AUGUCCGACCUGACCGCCUUGGAACUGUUACUCAUCAUACUAGGAACAGCCUUCUCACAAGAACCCUGCACGCCGAUAGAUUCUGGCGGAAUCUCAACUCUAACAGUGUCAAUUCUGGAGGCAACAGAAGCAGAUCUAAAGGCUAACCCCGACUUCCACACGGCCCAGAUACGGAUAUUCGGCUCCGUGGGGUCUACUGUAUCCCUGAUAUUAUCACGGAACAUAGCCGGAAUCGACCCCAACGAUUACUUUCGACUUGAAGACUUCCAAAGCGGGAUUUAUCUUCGUCUAUUUCGGGCACUCGACAGAGAUGGCGCGUCACCUUCAAGUUUUGACGAUCAAAAUGUUUUCGAAUUCGUCAUGGAAUGCAACUCUCUGAUCUCAGCAACUACACGCUACUAUCCACUACGAGUUGCAAUUGAGGACACCAACGACAACGCCCCCGUGUUCGUCGGCGCCCCCUAUUCUAUUUCAGUCAGCGAGCUUGCCCCAAUUGGAACGACGGUCUUCCAAGGACUUUCUGCCACCGACCUUGAUUUUGGAGGAAAUAAGAAUAUUGAUUUUGGUAUUGUGCCUGGAUCAGGUGCAAAGAUUGAUGGAAGCACGGUAUUCCAGAUUAGUCGUCCCAGCGAGGGUUAUGUCACCGUGACAGGUGGUCUAGACUUUGAAGAUCUGAGCGCUGUCAACCAGGCAUACUACGUCCUCAACAUCUCAGCCUCGGACCGAGCAUACCCGCUAACCAACCGCAAAACGUCAUUUACAACUCUGAGGAUCGACAUCACCGACGGAGAUGAUUUGGGCCCCGUCUUUGAAUACUCAUCCUGUGCUCGUUACGACGGCAUCUGUUACAACCCUCGCUACACCACCACCGUCACCUCAAAUGAACUGACUGGCCAGUUGACGUUCUUCCCAUCUCCCGCCAUCACGCCCACCCAGCAGACCGUUAGCAUCCAAGCCAAGGACCAGGACACAUUGAACUCUCCCAUCAGAUUCUUCAUCCAAGAGACAAUCCCGUCAGGAUACACCAGCAUGUUUGCCGUCAACACCCAGAACCCGCCCCCCGGGGCCGAAGAGCAGUCAGAUCGUAGGCGGUAUGAACGGGCGCAGAUUGUCUUGUCCAUCAACUCCGCUAAUCUCUUUGCCCCAUCUGUGACGUCAUCAACCGGAAGUUUGACCGGCUACAUCUUCGAGAACUCCGCAGUAGGAACGCUGGUGACCGACCUGUCUAACUCACAGCUAUUGCAACUUCAAGUAACGGACAGCGAUGUGCUUGCGUCUGACCCUAGCCAAUCUUACACAUUCACUGUAACGGGAACAAGCAUCUUUAGCGUCAACAGCAACGGAUAUAUCAGUCUCAACACCAACAACCUGGACUUUGAAACAACACCCGUUGUCUCCUUCUCUGUUAUUGUUGCCGAAGCAAGCACCGCAGAGAAACGAUCAUCUACAGUUUCUCUGACUAUCAACGUGUUCAACAGAAACGACUACGACCCGAUUUUCCCUGCAACAACAUCCAUCAUCAAGGUCGGAGAGGGAGACUACUCCCGCAAUCCUCAAACCAUCCUUACGGUUGUUGCAACUGAUGCUGACACAGGCGUCAAUGGUGCCAUCACGUACUCUCUGGUUAGCGUCAGUGGUGACGGAGACGGCAAGUUCCAAGUUGACAGUGUAUCUGGAAGUAUUCAGAUUGUCGGGAGCGUGGUCCGGAACACCAUCUACACCCUGUCAAUACAAGCUACUGAUAACGCCCUCGACGGGGAACAGAAGUCGGCACAGACUGCUGUCAUUGUCAACGUCACUAGGACUGGCAAUGAGGGUCCAUCAAUUCCAUCCCCCAACUACAGCCUGUCCAUCAGCGAGGGCGUUCCCAUAGAUACAUCCAUAUUUGCUGUUCCGGCAACUGAUAUUGACAACGACGUCCUGACAUACAGCAUCAUCUCAGGCAACAGCAACUUUGACUUCACCAUUGAGCAAAACAACGGUAUUGUCAGAACGAGAACCCGCCUGGACCGAGAGCGUCGCCCAAACUAUUCCCUGUUGGUCUCUGUGUCGGACUCCUCAAGCAGGACCGCAACUACUACUCUCAGCCUCGUAGUCACCGACAUCAACGACAACAACCCCAUCUUCCUCAAUCAGCAAUACUCCUUCUCCGUUGACGAGAAUGUGAUCAACGCACCUGUUGGCAGUGUAUCGGCAAACGACCAAGAUGAGCCGGACACAGUGAACAGUCAGAUGUUCUACUCACUGAGUGCUGAAAAAUUUACGAUCAACUCCCAAUCAGGGGAGAUCACCACGACCGAAGCUUUGGACUACGAGACUCAAAAGGUGCAUUACGUUCUUGUCAUUGCCCGUGAUUCUGCUGUCGACAGCCGCAGUGGCACUACCACCGUCACCAUCAACGUCCAAGACAAACAAGACAACGUUCCUAUCUUUGUACAGUCACUGUACGAGCCCAAGGUUCCGGAGAAUGAGGCCAACUAUCUUGUCGCUACUAUAAAGGCUGAAGACGCAGAUUCUGUCGACAACAUCGUCUACCAACUGGUCGGCAGUGGAGCUAGCAACUUCACCAUCUCACAAAAUGGCGAGAUACACACUCGACAAGCACUUGAUUACGAAAGAAGUAAUUUUUACGAGUUCUUCGUCACAACAGCAGAUGGCAUCAACUCGUUCCUCCCGUCAGCUACCGCGACUGUCAGAGCAUCCGUCAUCGAUCAAAACGACAAUGCCCCAGUUGUGAGUUUGUCCGUCACCACUAUAACGCUGCAGGAGAGUACCCGGGUGGGGGACGUACUUACUACAGCCUCAGCCGUAGACAACGACCCUGCUAAUAUGGCCAACAGCCGCAUCUCCUACAGCAUCAGCGGCGUUGCUCCAUAUCAGGGCAGAAACCUGUUUUACAUCAACCCCAACAACGGACAGCUGCACCUGGGACAGUCAUUUAACACAGAUACGUCUGGUGCCAGCAGCUACCAGGUCGUGGUGACGGCCACCGACUUUGGCACCCCACCAUUAUCGGGUGCAGCCACCAUGAACAUCAACGUAGUGAGGAACACCCAGGCUCCAGUGUUCAACAGUGCCAGCUACCGGGCCACCAUUGAUCAAACCGUAGGAGUCGGUAGUAGUGUGCUGACCAUGUCAGCCUCUGAUGGGGACACCCAGCCACCUUACAACGUUAUCUCGUAUUCACUCGUUGGGGAUGGUAAUGCGCCUUCAUUCUUCCGACUUGAUGGUGUUAACAGCGGCUUGAUCAUUGUGAAGGAUACUUUGACAAAGGAUUCAAGUCUGUCAUACGUGUUACGAGUUGUGGCUACUGAUGGUGGAAACAUUGCAACAACAGCAACAGCAACAAUCAUCGUCAACCGAAAUCUCAACCGUCCCACAUUUGUCCGAACGUCACUGGCAGCGACAAUUGUGGAGAACUUUCCACUAGCUACUUCCAUAGCAAAAGUCCAGGCAGUAGACAGUGAUAUCCUAGCCCCCCACAAUCAAGUGACGUAUAGCAUCAUCGGAAACCAGAACGCUGUGAACUAUUUCGCUAUAAGCUCAAGUGGAGAAAUUUCCCUGAAGCGCUCUCCAACUGACACCACCACCAAUACCUUCCAGGUGAAUGUGUCCGCUCAGGACAGCGGUCUCCCGGCCCCCCUUGGGAGCCAGACCAAUGCUGUAGUCACAGUGACAAUUUCCCGCAACCAGAAUCCUCCAAUCUUCUUCAACUCAAGCUACAGCGUGGCUAUUCCAGAAACAUCGACCGUUGGAUCUUCUGUGAUCCAGAUCUCUGCAACUGACUCGGACUCAAAUCCCCAGUUCAACCAGAUCAGAUACACUGUUAUUGGUGAUGAUUCGGCCGGGACCUUCUUUAGCAUCAACCCCAUCACCGGACUCCUGUCAACCCAGGCCUCUUUACAGUCUGAGAAUGUCGACAGAUACAGUGUUCGAAUUGUCGCCUCUGACAAUGGUUCCCCAGCCAGAAGUGCUACUUCAGUCGUCCUAGUGAGUGUUCAGAGGAAUUUCUUCGCACCUGAAUGGCAGAGUCAAACCUUCACUACCAACGUCCUUGAAACACAAGCUCUAGGUGUCCCAAUCUUGUCAGUGACCGCAACCGACCGUGACCUGCACACACCACAUAACGUCGUCUAUUACCAACUGACCGGAAGUGCUGCAGUGUUAUCACACUUCCACAUUAAUGAGGUCACUGGUGAGAUCAGCAUCAGGACCCCCCUAACUUCGGACACAUCGGAUCCUAAUCAAUACGUAUUCUCUGCUCGAGCAAUUGAUCGUGGUACACCAACCCUAACUGCAUCCAGCGAUGCCAGCGUUGUCAUCAAUGUCGUCCGCAACCAAAACGGUCCCGCCUUCGUCGGUGAACCUUACGGCAGGUCCAUUCGUCAGGAUCUGGGCGUUGGUGCGUCUGUCAUUCAGAUCAACGCUGUUGACCCUGACACACAAGCUUCGUUCGGAGACAUCAGCUACAGCAUCAUCGGCAUCGACACUGCACCAUCCUUCUUCAGCAUCGACAGUGUCACUGGACUGAUUACGCUGAGGGCUAGUGUAGCCACGGAUUCUACAACUGAGUAUAGAGCGUUGGUCCGGGUCGAGGACAGUGGAUCUCCGCCCAAAAGUGACAUCACAGUUGUGACUGUUACAGUUAAUAGGAACCUUGCGGCACCUGUGUUCCAAGCUCUGUCCUACAAUAUUACUAUACUCGAAACUCAAAACCUGGGAGACACUAUUGUCACAGCCCGAGCUACGGACUCCGAUCUUAUGUCCCCCAACAAUGCUAUUGUGUAUAGUGGAGUGGGAACCGCUCGAGCUCUGGAGUACUUCUACAUCAACGUUGUGACAGGCGAUAUCUCUGUUCGGCGCUCCCUCAUUGACGACACAACCGCCAACAACGACAAAUAUACGCUUACCGUUGCUGCCCAGGACAAGGGUGUGCCAGUCUCCCUAGGGGCCACUCUACCUACGAUUGUCAACAUCUACGUGAUCAGAAAUCAGUUCGGACCGGUAUUUGCCAACACUCCAUACUCGGACACUAUUUCUCAAGCCACUGCUGUGGGAACAAGGGUCUUUACAGUCACAGCCAAUGAUGAAGAUCUUAGGGCUCCCUACAACAUAGUGCAGUACAGUUUGAUCGGUGACGACAACGCUCCCAAAUUCUUCACCAUCAAUCCUGUUACUGGAGAGAUUGCGACUCGCGCUUCCAUUUCCAGCGAUACUUCUCCCUCCUACAGACUUCGUGUCAUGGCCUACGAUGGUGGCAACCCCUCAAGGAAUACUUACGAAGUUGUCACGCUCACAGUGGACCGCAACCUGUUCGCACCAGCUUGGCUCCGCCCAUCUGGUCCCGGCUUUACUGCUGCAACCACUAUCUUCGAGAGCGCCGACUUCAACACUCCUGUAUUCCAAGUGUCCGCCACGGAUAACGAUGCAGCAGCUCCCUACAAUACAGAGGUUUACAGUCUGGUUGGAGACAGUUCUGCCAUGACCUACUUCUCAGUUGACGCAAACAGUGGUCACAUCCGAUUGAAGACCUCUCUCCUUCAGGACACAGCGCAGCAAUACACCUUGCUAGUCCGCGUCACAGACGAUGCCCAGCCUCAGAGACCAGCCACCAACACGGCCACGGUUCUGAAUACGUUUGAACGUGUGAACUAUGAAAUUAUCGGAGACGACGCUGCCCCUGUUUAUUUUAAUAUUGCCCAAACCACGGGAACACUGUCCAUAUCGCAAUCAUUGGUUGGCGUGGCCGAGAGUACAUUCUACGUGAGGGUUCGAGCCUACGAUAAUGGUCUACCUAUUCCAAGAAGUAACACCACUGUUGUCACUGUCACCAUCAGGAGGAAUCUCAAUGCACCAGUUAUCUCCCCUACACUGUACGAGAAGGUCAUCCCCGACACCACUCCACUGGGAACGGUUGUAGCAACUAUCGGUGCUACUGAUGCCGAUUUAAGUUCUCCCCACAAUGUCAUCCGAUUCCUUUACUAG